AGUGUCCUGUGGUAAAGUUUGGGAGUCCUGGUUCACACACCCCGCAGCUCUGCGGAGUGUCAGGGUGAGGGAGAGGGUGAGGGAGGGGGUGAAUCUGCAGGACUCACCACGCCUCGGUGAGUUCGUCAGCCAUAUUGACUGUGCGUGCACCUCCGGCCGUGGGAGCCUGGCGGAGGAGUCUCCCGCAGCCAGUAUCACGGUAUCACCGCGUCAGCCCUCGGUGCGCACCGUGUCCGGUAAACAGCGCAGAGGAGGACGGGAAGGUGAACCGCUCUAUUUUUACGCGCGGUGGAUCUAUAUAAAGACUCGCAGCCAGCUGGAGGAGGGGGGUGACAGUUGGACACAUCCUCAGCCACCGGGCGUCAGAGGCGCUGGUCCCCCGUAGGGAGGCAGAAAGACGGAGGACAACUUCUUUGCGGUUUCUCAGAAUCAGGGAACAGCUGGAGAGAGGAGGAAGAUGCCUAAACCGAUUAAUGUGCGCGUCACCACCAUGGACGCUGAGCUGGAGUUUGCCAUCCAGCCCAACACCACAGGCAAACAGCUCUUCGACCAGGUGGUGAAGACGGUGGGUUUGAGGGAGGUCUGGUUCUUCGGCCUCCAGUACACAGACAGUAAAGGCUACGUGACGUGGCUCAAACUCAACAAAAAGGUGACCCAGCAGGAUGUGAAGAAGGAGAAUCCGCUGCAGUUCAAGUUCAGAGCAAAGUUCUUCCCAGAGGACGUUUCCGAGGAGCUCAUCCAGGAGAUCACACAGAAGCUCUUCUUCCUGCAGGUGAAGGAGGCCAUUCUAAACGAUGAGAACUACUGUCCCCCGGAGACGGCCGUGCUGCUGGCCUCCUACGCUGUCCAGGCCAAGUAUGGAGAUUACAGCAAAGACGUUCACAAGCCGGGCUACCUGGCCUCCGACCGGCUACUGCCACAACGAGUUCUGGAGCAACACAAGCUGACAAAGGAACAGUGGGAGGACAGAAUACAGACCUGGCACGAGGAACACAGGAGCAUGCUCAGGGAGGACGCCAUGAUGGAGUAUCUGAAGAUCGCUCAGGACCUGGAGAUGUACGGCGUCAACUACUUUGAGAUAAAAAACAAGAAGGGUACGGAGCUGUGGCUCGGGGUCGACGCGCUCGGGCUCAACAUCUAUGAGCAUGAGGACAAGUUGUCGCCAAAGAUCGGUUUCCCCUGGAGUGAGAUCCGAAACAUCUCCUUCAACGACAAGAAGUUUGUCAUUAAGCCCAUCGACAAGAAAGCUCCAGACUUUGUGUUUUACGCUCCUCGGUUGCGCAUCAACAAGCGCAUCCUGGCGUUAUGUAUGGGAAACCAUGAGCUGUACAUGAGGAGGAGGAAGCCCGACACCAUCGAGGUGCAGCAGAUGAAGGCUCAGGCCCGAGAGGAAAAACACCACAAACAGAUGGAGAGAGCGCAGCUGGAGAACGAGAAGAAGAAGCGAGAGCACGCGGAGAAGGAAAAGGAGCGAAUAGAGAGAGAGAAGGAGGAGCUGAUCCAGAGGCUGAGGCAGAUCGAGGAGCAGACUCAGAGAGCUCAGAAAGAGCUGGAGGAUCAGACUCGCAGAGCGCUGGAGUUGGAGCAGGAGAGGAAGCGAGCGAAGGAGGAGGCCGAGCGUUUGGAGAAAGAGAGGCAGGCGGCGGAGGAGGCCAAGGCGUCGUUGGCUCAGCAGGCGGCCGACCAGAUGAAGAACCACGAACAGCUGGCUGCUGAAUUAGCGGAGUUCACUGCUAAAAUCGCUCUGCUGGAGGAGGCCAAGAGGAAAAAAGAAGAGGAAGCAACAGAGUGGCAACACAAAGUAGGUGUCAAAUGUUUGUGGGUUAACAUCUGUAAACGUCUGUGUCGGUUUCUCUCUGUGAAUUUGCACAUGUGUUGUUUCCAGGCUCUUUCAGCACAAGAUGACCUGGAAAAGACCCGGGAGGAGCUGAAGUCGGCCAUGACGUCUCCACCGGCGCCGGAGGACGACGAGCACGACGAAACCAACGCCGAGGCGAGCGCCGAGCUGCUCAGCGACGGCGUCACCAGCCACCGCAGCGAGGAGGAGCGCAUCACUGAGGCGCAGAAGAAUGAACGUGUCAAGAAACAGCUUCAGGCUCUGAGUUCCGAGUUGGCCGAGGCCCGUGACGACACAAAGAAAACUCAGAACGACAUGCUGCACGCCGAGAACGUCAGGGCGGGAAGAGACAAGUACAAAACGCUGCGUCAGAUCCGCCAGGGUAACACCAAGCAGCGCAUCGACGAGUUUGAGUCCAUGUGAGGGGGGAGGGUGGACACAACGGCGUCAACGCAUCACUUCCCUCGUGAAGCCCGACACCUGCAGGAGCUCCUGCUGUGGUCCUGUCAGGAGAAGGAACAACCAGCUGACGGGCUUUGUAGCUUCAGCCUCGCCAAAGCUCUGCCGAGCAGCGGUUAGCCAAUCACACAGCGACCUGCUUUUUAGAGCGCCGCCCCCCCCCCCUGCCCUGACCCCAACGAAGCACGUCUUUUAAUCGGUUGGAAAUAUAGCAAGCGACGUAUUCUGUCAACCACGGACUCCUCCCUUUUACAAUACUGACAAUAUUAAUGCUUGCAUGUCCGAUAAAU